AGUAAACGAGAAAAGAAAAUGAACAACAACGAUUUAGAAUUGGCAUCAAAACAAAAAGCUCUUCAAAAAAUUUUAAGCAUUCAUGGGGAACACCAUUCAGAAACUGCUCUAAGUUAUAACAACAUUGGAGUUACACAACAUGAGAUGAAAGAUUACAAGUCAGCGUUGGAGUCACAUCAACUCGCUCUUCAAAUCAGAUUAAAACUGUUUCGAGAAGAUCAUUCUGACACGGCUAGAAGUUAUGACAACAUUGGAGCUACACAACAUGAGAUGACAGAUUACAAGUCAGCCUUAGAGUCUAAACAAAAAAGCUCUUCAAUUCAGAUUAAAACUGUUUGGGGAAGACCAUUCUUACACUGCUCGAAGUUAUGA